CCGCAAGGCAGAUAACGGAUGGCGAAGUUACCACAUCGCGAAUUAGGUAUGAUUUGGUUCUCCCAAUGAUGCGCAAUGGAGUAAAUCUACACAAUGCCACAGCGGUCGUGUCAGAGAAAGGUUCCGCCGGGAGCCAAGAUUCUCAUGGCUGCCAAACCUGCCAUCAGGGUACUCCUCCGCCCCACGAUGUCUGUCCAGUCUCCAGCUUAUGGCUGUCAUUGGAUUUUUUUCCAGGACAGGCAGAUCAGAGCCAAAGUCCGGGAUCACACAAACUAGGAUGAGCUGCCGGUAGCAUUGGCUUGCAGCUUUCUCUCCACUACCGGAUGCUAUGGUAUAUCGCUCGUCAAAAUAUGUGGGACGUGACAAAUGCCAAUUGCCAGUGGACAAUCUUUCAAUAUUUUGUGGUCAGCGGACCUGUACCACGGGCAUCGUCAAGUCUUGGACCACCAUGAUGGUAUAUUUCUCGUACGACUGCUGCAGCUCGAGCCUCUUGACCAUCUGCAGAUUUUUGCUGCGAAAGCUCUUCUGUGAGUAUUCCUUUUAUACGCCUGGCGCUUUCCAAGAGAGCAACACGGACGCGAUCUCCAAUUCCAGUAAUAUCAACUCGUCUCUUCCAUCUCGGCUUCCAAUUUCCUCUCAUGUCCGCCGUAUUAUGGAUUUCGCACAACUGAUGAUUUGGGCUUCACUGCUGUUCAGCAUCGCGACUGGCCAGGCUUCAUCAACAUCCGCGCCUUCAUCCACGACAUCUCUAUCAACGGUCACCACCACGGCCAUCACUUCGGUGUCUGGCUGCCACAACCACGGUGCCACCCAAUUCUGCCUCGCUGGCUCCUACGAAUAUAAGGUUUUGACAACAGCUUCAAGCGGCCAGGAGCUCCCUUCAGCUUACUUUGACUGCCAUUACCACGGCACCAGCUUGUACUGUUUGACGGGUGACGGAGGUGAAGUCGAGCUUGUCGCUGAGGGAGCUUCCGCCGAGAAGUCUCACGCCGACACAGGAGCAGCGACUCCAGCGAGUGGCAUUACAGCCGUAACUUCAUGUCACUCCCAUGGUACCACGCAGUACUGUCAGGUAGGUUCCGACAGGUAUCAGGUCGUGGCGACAUCUUCUGGGACUGAGGCACCGACUUCCCAAUAUACCGGCUGCCAUUCUCAUGGUGAGGGAGAGCUCUACUGCCUGACGCCUAAUGGAAGCGAAGUCCAGCUGCUUGCUGAAGGGGCCACUGCCAGUUCUGAAGAAGAAUCUUUGUCUGAAGAUGGUAUCAAUUGCCACUUCCACGCUGGCGUUGAGCAUUGCGUAGGGACAGGUGGAGAAGAAAGCACUGUGGUAACUUGCGAAAGGAAGCAUCGUGAUUACAAUAUUCCAUUGAGAAUUGGCUUGAUCUUUGCCAUUCUAGCAUCCGGUGCCAUCGGCUCUUUUGGACCUAUAUUCCUGACUUCGCUCACGCGAAUCAAUUGCAACCACGUGGUAUUCACCAUACUGAAGCAAUUUGGCACUGGGAUCAUUGUUUCCACUGCAUUUGUCCAUCUUUACACCCAUGCCACCCUCAUGUUUGAGAACGAAUGUCUUGGCGAGCUCAGUUAUGAGGCAACAACUUCCGCUAUCAUCAUGGCAGGUAUCUUGCUUUCGUUCGCCAUCGAGUACUGCAGUCGUCGCAUACUCACGUGGAGGCAGAGCGAACGAGCUCCAGCCGAAUCUGAGGAGGGUGACUUGGCGAACAAGUCACAAGCUAGAGAGGCACUUGCUACUGUGAGGCGUAGACACCACGGGUUCGGCUCUCUCAAGGAAGCUGAUAAAUUGAGCGUAUCUGUGCUGGAAGCAGGCCUCAUCUUCCACUCUGUUCUUAUUGGAGUAACUUUAGUCGUAGCUGGUGACAGUUUCUUUUUGACCUUGUUUGUCGUCAUCUUCUUCCACCAGAUGUUUGAAGGUGUUGCUUUAGGGACUAGAAUCGCAGAACUACCUUCAUCGCAGGCAAGUUUAAUCCUGAAGAUGAUCAUGUCAGCCUGCUUCACAGUGAGUACACCGUUGGGCAUGGCCAUCGGUAUCGGCGUGCUGUCGAGCUUCAAUGGCAACAAUCCUGCAACUAUCAUCGCCAUCGGUACUCUCGACGCAUUCAGCGCAGGUAUCUUGGUUUGGGUGGGUGUCGUCGAGAUGUGGGCUGAAGACUGGUUUCACCACGACCUGGCAAACGCUGGAAUGGUGAAAACCGGGCUGGCAUUUUUAGCGUUGAUCGCGGGUAUGAUUCUCAUGUCCUUGCUGGGUAAAUGGGCGUAAUAUGAAAACGCUAUGUGUGGUUCAUGAUGCUGAUAUGAAGUCAUGAAUUGUAGCACGGUAAUGUGUCUUAUACAAGGUGUUGCCAGACACGGUGUGCUCACUCCAGGUGUACCGUCAACUCACAAGCCCCAUCUAGCUUGUGCUCGCCUGCUGUAUGUCCUGCUUGCAUGUACUCACAUCGAAUACUCUAUCUUGGAGUUAAUCGAUUCACGAGCUACGGGCAACCGCAAUUACUAUUAUGUCGACUUUCACGAACCCUGUCGCGCACUAUCAUUCUUACCAAGUCAUCCGCAAUCUUUGAUGUAGAUAGACACCUUAAUCCUAGUUGGAUUGACCAAUUUGUAACUAAUUCCCAAGGGCCGACCUGUGGAGGGAGCCUCACGGAAAGCAAGUGCGAGGCAACAGCCUAGUACUGUAUGUUCAGAAUUCGCACUCCCUUGAUUUGUGCUGCAGUCACUUUACUAUUCA